UUUGUGAAUAUUGUGAAGUCCAAGUCUUGUCACGUUCAAAAUGCCCCAGGCACCAGGACGCGUGUUUACAUAAGCACCGUCACCGAUGGAAGGUCCUGAGGUGGUUGUACCUCUGUCGCGAAAAUGGCCGUUACGCUACCCAGCGACGUUCUCUUUAUGAUCUUGGAUGUCUUGGGAGAUGAGAAGGACUACAACAGCUUGUAUCAAUGCGCGCUAGCAUCCAAAUGCUUCACCGAGCAUGCACUAUCCGUGCUGUAUAGGCUGUAUGAUACUUCGCCUUUAAGAGGCGGGGGUACCGAGGACGAGCAAUUCAGAGCUCGACGACCAGCAGCAAGUUUGGCUUCUCUUAGGCGAGAACAAGAUCCCACUAUCAGGAAAUGGAUCGUCCUUUGGCGCUCUAUCUUACUGUCUACACUUGACCAGACUUAUCUACCUUAUCAUAGGUACAUUCGGUACCUAGAUCUUGAUGAUCUGGGGGACCUUCUCGGUUCGAAUAAGGAUGUCAAAGAUGAGCUGUUCACUCCGGAGCUCCUGGAUUACGUUUCUCAGGAGUAUGUAUCAGAGGGCAACAAGCGUCGUCGGUCUCCGAGAACAUUGCCUGAUAACGAAUGGAUCAAGAUAAAACUUGGCUCUGCCAUUGUCAAGAGAAAUUCGUCCAUACGCGGCAUGUCAUGCAAUGUCGCACCGACAACAUUGAAUGAAUGGAUAGAGGGAUCACCACAGCUGCAAGCCCUCACUGUCUGGUCAGGAUCUACGCUUUCACAGCAUGCCGGCCAGAAGAUCCAUGAUCACUGCCCUGAAUUUAAGCAGCUCAGAAUCUACAGCUGGCAAAGCAUUGCCCCGCAGAAUGCAGACACUGAUGCAGAAGAGUUAUUCAAAGAACUUCACCCCAAUUCUCUGGAGUACUUCGAAGUGCUUAGCUUUUCCCACCUGGGCUCGCGCUCAAUAAAGGCCCUAGGGACACAGAGGGAAUCUUUAGUUGAACUGAAGUUAACAUACCUUGAUAUUGAGGCAAUUGCAGAACUCCCGUCACUAUCAGAACUUCCAAAACUAGAAGUUUUGGCAUUGACAGAUUCGAUGCCUACUACCUGGAACGACCAGUUCUAUACUACUAUCGGCCAAGUCGCCGACUGGAUACGAAGUUGUAAAAAAUUGAAACGUCUGGAUCUGAGAAAGUUCGUUGACGAUGCUGAACUACUUACACAAGUGCUCGCGAACAAUGAAAUUCAUUUGACCAGUCUAUCCUUUGCGGGUUACAUGUUAGCUAAUAGUCGUGGAUUUUUCGAUGCGGUUUGCACCCAUCAAUCCUUAGAAGUGCUUUAUCUACAAGGAGAAGGGAGCGAAACCCCCGAGGAUAAUGAGAAGCUUGUGCAAGCCCUCAUCGGACUCCAGGAUCUCCGUGAACUUGAACUCAAAGACGUAUCGGACUGGUUUACGAUGGACCAUGUUAUGACGUUGACACCGUUUCUUCCCCGUCUAGAGAGAUUGUGGAUUAGUGGUGAGGCCUUCGACGACUCUGUAUGGAGCGCAUUUUUGUGCUUGCAAAACCUUCAGAGUCUGGCUAUCUACGCCCUCAGUAACUUCACAGCGGAAGGGGUACUCGACUUUAUCACCCAGUUGGGACCUGGAAACAGAGGUCUGAGUUUGUCAAUACUGAACGCAGCGUCAGAUAUCUAUUUCCCGGAAGAAGCGCAGAAUUUGAUUCGUGAAAUCCUGGCAACCAAGUUAGACGGGUCGUUUGACUUUGGACUUGUUCAACGUGUGUUUGACUUUGGACUUGUUCAAGGUGUGUUGCACUCAAUAUCUUCAAUUUUGAAAAGACAAGACUAACAAGCAGUUACAGAGGAACCCAGCGACUCCAGUUCUGGCGAAGAAAUUUACGAUUAAUAAAUAGCUUGUCGUGGUCUUUUUUGGGGGGGGGGCAGAUGAGGACU